AUGGCUUAUUCAUCGGCCAGAUCGAUUUCACCUAUCGCCAACGAUGACACAGACACCUUGGAUGGCGAGGAGCACAACACUCCUCAGGCUUUGUGGUUUUCAUCGUUUGGAACGCCGUCGGAGGCCUCCGUAGCUGCUUUCAAGUCAUUGCCCCCAGAGGUCAUUGAAAGGAUACUGUAUGCCGUGGACUCGGAUGGCUUUGCAUCCCUUGCGCUACUCAACCGCGCGUGGUAUAUGCAAUCUCAGAAGCUCGAGCUGUACGCCCAUCACCUCUCACGAUGUCCGUCGUACGCGUUGUCCAACAAUGUCAUUACUGGGCCUUUCCGGCGCAACGACCUCUUUCGUCUGAAGACCAAGUUCGCUGCCGAAGUCCGAAGAAAUCUCUUCGAAGCAUAUAUGCGGCCCAGACGUACGCUCGUCAAUCUAAUCUCGGUCAACACGAACUCAUCGGCCGCUAUACCAGGCGGAGAGGCAUUUCGCUUUGCGUUCUCGCCUAAUGGCCAAACACUGCUCGCAUUAAGCUCAUCCAGAGUGUAUGUUCUGGACGUGACGCAGGAAGAUCUAGUCGUGCGCAAGGAGUUGAAGACAUUGAGGCGGCCUAUCGCUGCAUCUAUCACGGACGAUGGAUCACUACUGGCAGUUCUGUCAUCGCGACAUCAGGUCAACAUUUAUGCGUUGACAGCAGAAGGUCCCAAGCACCUGCAAGUUCUCGCUCUUACCGAUCCGCCGAGGACUAUUGCACUGGCGCACGAAGGCACGGUCUUGGCUGCGGCGUACAAUGGCUCAGUCGAAGUCUUCUCACUAGCUGCCAACGCACUGGAAACAGAUCGCAGGGCAGUCCGUAGCGAAGCUAUGGAUACACUACAGUUCUCCGGAGACGGAUCCAUGCUUGUUGGCAGCUCACAGAGUCUGGACGAUCCAAGCGCUGUCGUUAUUACAGCACCGUUCUACACAGAGAACGACCCUGAUUUGACUCCACGCGAGAUCCACAGCCGCAUGUGGACACAACAAAUUCUUUUCCCUCAAAUCAGCAGCAUAUGUAGUCAUGCAGAAUUGCUGCAAGGCCACAUGGAAGGAGAUGCAAAUUGGCUGUUUGCCUACGACCACAGUCUGAUGUCGUAUCGCGCGGUCCGGACAGACGAUACGAGAAGCGGAGUCGCAUACUUUCUCAAUCCUUCCACAAAUCGCAGAUUCAGCCUCCCGUCUCCAUCAACGGCACCAUCUGCCACAGUCUGCGGCACACUUGUUGCUGCUGGGUUCGCCGGAUGCGGGCUAUGGCUGUACGGCGUGCCCGAAAGAUUGGACGCAAGUCCAGACAUGGGUUCCGUCGUUGAACGAUAUGAGGAACGUUUGCGUGGACGAGUCCAUCUCACAACAGCUACAGGUCAUAUGGAGCCGCUGAUGGCCUACUCGCCUUCGGUAUCCGGUAGCAGUGACGAAAUGGAAGGUCUGGAUUCCUUAGCUCAGAAGGUCGACUGGCGGCAGAGCUUAUUUGUCAAAUGUCGUGCUAUCAAAGCGCUCGAUGGAUGCAGCUCCCAGAAAUGGGUUGAGAGGUCAGAUAUGCGCGACUUCGGCUUCACUGGUCAGAGACUCGUAGCCGUAGCUCCCGGAGGAGUCAAUGGCUUUGCUGAAGAUCUCGGCGACGAAAGUAUGCCUGUUGAUGGGUCCCGAAUCUGUCUGCUCGAUUUCAACUAUGCACCGGAUCGCUUGAAGGACCGUGAGAUCACAAUCGAAGUCGGCGACAUUCAACCUGAACUUUUAGCUGAGCACGCUGGCGACAUGGCGGUCGAGGUCGCUCUGGAGAGACGGCGCACGGUCAGAGGUGGCGGACCAAGUGCAAGGCCGAAUCCUCGGGCAGCACUUGGUCGAUCACAGACGUCGGCUUCCCCGAACGCGGGUAAUGGCUACUUCAACGAUAUUAUGCCCCGGUCCAGCGCCUCCCAACCGUCUUCGCCGAGUGAAGGAGUCCGAAGUCCUAACAUGUAUCAGCCCGCCACAAACUUGCAGCGCAGUAACACUGCCGGUGGUUUCAGGGCAGCCCGAUUCCCUCCACGGCCGCCACUUGGUCAAGAGUUCAGCAGUCCGCCACCACAACAAGGGCAAGGGCAAGGCGAAGGGAGAAGGCCAUCGCAGGAAAGUUGGGAGACGCCACCUCCGCCAUAUUCGAAUUCGGGCAGGCACACGCCAACAAGUGGUCCAUUCACACACCAGCAGAAUUGGGCACAGCUGGGCCAGUUCAAUCAAGCGUACGGCACACCUACAAUUUAUGCUACGACAGCGCCUGCAGUGCAGCCUCCGCAAGGGAACAGUGGAUUUGCUGCUGCAGGCAAUAACUAUCUCGCCCCACGAUCCCGAGGCCCGCACCUUGCAACUGUUUCUGAAUCAGCUAUUCGGCAUAACCACCAAACAGCACAGCCCCUGCAUAGACAAUCGCCCUUGGCUAUGCAAGGCUUCGCGCCAUCGCCUCCAGAUGGUAUGCCGCCGGUCAUGAGCGCGACAGUGCACCAGCCCAUGCCGUCUCCUGUCAGUCCAGAUAUCCCAUCGAUAUCACUGCCAGCACCGGUGGUGCCACAACAGAAGCCGGCUGGCAUCACGCUGACAGGUGCAAACCUGCAGAACCGAUUGAACCAUCCAGUCCCUCCCGCACCGUCGGACGAUGACCAAGGACGACGAUCAGUAUCCGCCCCACUCUCACAAAAUCGCAAGGAAGGCUACGCUUUCGGCAGCCCAGCAAACAAUCAGCUAUCGGAUCUCGAAAGACGAGUAGAUCAAAACCGACAGCGAGCGCUCAAUGUCGUGACAAACGGCAACGCCAACCAUAGCGGAAGCCCAGUUCCACCAUCGCCACCGCCCGGAGCCUGGGGUGCGGCGGGCCCGCCUUCACCAUCGUUCAACCGUGCCCUCACCACUCCCAAUGGGCCGGUCAGACCAAGCUCGCACGCAAGCAGCGGCAAUAUCUCGAUACCGGCUUCUAGCUCUACGCCAAACUUGCACGCACCUGGGCGACCCACAUACGGUCGUCUAGAUACAAUCAACAGCAUUGGGAGCCAGCCUGAUCAUCAUGGUCACUAUCAUCAUGUCGGCCCCUCGAGGAUGCGCGCUCACAGCGUGGCAGAGGACGUGCCAACGCCGAUUCUAGAGCAGCUUGCUGGACUCACUGGUGGGAGUGGUGGACCAGCUGCGCCACCACCGAGGGUUGAGCCUGAUGGGUUGGUCUUUGUGCCCAGGAGUAGAAAGAAGAAGAAGGCGAAGAGUGAAGGAAUGAGCGCAGCCAGUGAGUGGGGCAAUGGACCUGCGGAGGGAAAGAAGAAAGGCUCGAAAUGCGUGGUUAUGUGA